UCGAUACCCUUUCCCCUCUAUCUCAUUGUGAUGUUAUUUUUUUCUUCUAACUUUUAGCUACUAUAGCUAAGUUUGUACCUUCAUUUUGCAGUGCCUUUACACAGACAGUCAUUAUAUAUUUUUUGUUUUCCUUUUCCAUCAUGUUCACUACCACCGGUUCCCGAGGGCUCGAUAAGGCCCCCCUGUCUAAAGGUCUCCUCCUGGUCCUCAGUGGUCUGACUGUCGUGCUAACCCUCCUGCCACAGUACAAUCACCUGUUCACCUACAGCCUGCAGGCCAUCACGCUGCAGCACCAGGUAUGGCGGUUAGUGUGUGGCAGACUGAUCUGUCUGGACCUAAAGGACACCUUCUGCAACAGUCUGCUCAUCUACAACUUCCGCAUCUUGGAGAGACGGUUCGGCAGCAGAAAAUUUGCUUCCUUCCUGUUUGGGACGUGGGUGCUCACUGCACUGGUGGACUUCCUGCUGUCUGAAGUGUUUCACUACCUGUUUGACUACCAGGUGUCUGAGCUGCCUGCCGGACUGCUAGGCCCAGUGUUCAGCCUGUUUGUACCUUUCUACUCCUCCAUCCCCAAGGUUCCAGUCACUCAACUCCUUGGUCAGAUCUCCAUAACUAACAAGUCCCUGGUUUACAUUGUAGGCCUGCAGCUCCUGACCUCCAGUCCGUUCAUGUGGCUCGUUGCUCUCAGUGGACUGGUCUCUGGGAAGCUGUACCACGGAAACGCUCUGAGGGUGCAGCGGCUGCUCUUCGUACCCCGGUGGCUGUCCCGUGUAGGGGCCUUCGUCCUGGAGCCCCUGUUCUCCGGGCCCCCGCCCUCCAAUGACCCCCCCCUGGGUAUGGGGGCUACUCUGGACAUCCAGAGACAGCAGAGGAUGGAUCUCCAUGAUCAACAGAUGCUGCUGGCCCAGUUCCAUCAGGCCAGGAGGAACCACAGACCACCACAGAAUGGCCUAAUGAACUGGAACAGAUUUUUCCCAUCGCUGAGACACAGAGGACAGAACCUUCCCCCAGAGCCACAACCACACCCCUCUCCACCGCUGCAGCCACACCCAUCUCCACAGCAGCUCCACCCCUCAGCUCCUCCACUGCUGGAGCCCACAGCUCCUCCACUGCUGGAGCCCACAGCUCCUCCCUUGGUCAACACUCCUGUAGCUGAAGAACAGGUGAGCACUGUUGCCAGAUUGAUGGAGAUGGGCUUCUCCAGAAUAGAUGCUCAGGAUGCCCUCAGGGCGUCCAACAACGACAUCAACGUGGCAACCAACUUUCUACUGCAGCAUUUAGGGUAGGGAGGAGUUUGAAAGAUGUAGAACCUGAGAGAGAAAAACAACAGAGGGAACAGAAUGAAGUGUGGGUCUGAUCCAGUGAGCAGGGUCCUGGGGGUUUGAGGCCAGGGGACCGGCCUGCUCUGGAGCUCCAGAGGACUACACAGAGAAUAACUCAACACAGACUACACAAUUACUAGGAGGAAAGGAGAGAGGACAGUAAUGCUGCUGCUGUCCACCGUGCUUCCUGAAGGGUGAAGAGGGCUGUCCACAGUGCUUCCUGGUAGUGGGUACUCAGCCCUGUUCCAGAUAGUUUGGAUACUCUGUCCUGUCACCUUGCUGCUGAGGGACAGAAGAUGGAGGAUCAGAAGGCUGCUAUUCUCAGGGCUUGUUGCAUCUAGUGUCUUCUCUAUAUUCUAGCAUUACCAUGGUUCAUUACGGCUUCCUCCACCUCACACACACCUUCGCCCAGAAAACAUACACACAUAUUCGCCAGUCCCUAAAGGUUUUGUUUUGUGUCAUUUGUCCAUGGACAGUGAUUACAAGAGUUUGUUUGCUUGACUUCUGCAGAAUGAAUCUAAAAUUCCUCAGAAUGAAUCUAAAAUCUUAAAGGGGGUUGAAAUGAGGAGAAUAUACUAAAUUAUGGAAACUGUCAAUCUUGAAUACUCAAUGAAAAACGUCUGCACAGGUAAUACUUAGUGGAUGGCUUGUAUGUUUAGCUGCUCAGUGGCUACAUCCUGGUUAACUACACUAUGGAAUAAAAUUAUGGUGACAAUAUAUUAAUUAUUUAAACUGUUUCACUAGUUUUUCAAAAUCAUUGAGGAUUUAACACUUAUUUAUAAUUUUUAUUUACUUUUUGUUUUAUGUGACUGACUGUAUAAACGGAGGUGUGCUUGUUGUUUGGUUAACCUAUGCUUGUGUGUGGUGUCAUUAUACUACUGAUUACAAAUGAUUAACAAUUUAACAAACUGCUUCCAACCACUGAAAUAUAUGCAAUGUGCUCUGCUGUGGUAACCGUGCUGCCCAUACAGCGUUACAACAGUAUAAUGGCCUAAUGAAUAAACCUACCUCUCACCUUCA